AUGGAGGCCAGGGGGCCGCCCCAGGCCAGGGGGUGCUGCCCGGAGGCCAUGGGAAAGCUCUUCCCUGGCCUAUGCUUCUUCUGCUGCCUGGUGACCUACGCGCUGGUAGGUGCUGUGCUCUUCUCUGCCAUUGAGGGCAGCCGGGUCCUGAGGCCAGAAGAUGAUGUGGUGUUCAAGGACUUCCUGCACAAGCUGUGUGGCAUCCUGGAAUGCAAUGGGACAGUUGUGGAAGGCAAGAAGCAGGACCUGCGGAAACACCUGCAGAGCAUGAAUCCCGAGUGGCUGCAUCUGCCGGAAGACUGGACCUUCCUCAGCGCGCUCUUCUUCUGCUGCACGGUAUUCAGCACCGUGGGGUAUGGCCACCUCUACCCGGUCACCAAGCCUGGCAAGUACCUGUGCAUGCUCUAUGCUCUCUUUGGGAUCCCGCUGAUGUUCCUGGUUCUCACGGACAUAGGUGACAUCCUGGCCACCAUCUUCUCCGAGUCCUACAAUCAGUUCCGAAAACUCCCUUUGCUCCCUGGCGCCCCCUCUGAGGGGUGCCCUGGGCUGCGCUGCAGGAGGAAGCCUCAGGCCGAGCCCCCGGAGGCCGCCCGGACCAUCCCUCAGAUCGUCAUCAGCACUGAGGAGCCCCAGGGCCCCAAGCCCGGCAAGCGCCCCUCAGUCCCAGGCAGAGCCUCGGAGCUGUUGGAGAGGCUCCUGUCCCCACAGGAGAAACAGAGCCUGCAGGCCCCGGGCCCCGGGGCCAUGGAGAGGAGCAACUCGUGCCCGGAGCUGGCGCUGGGGCGGCUGUCUGCCUCCAUCCUCAGCAACCUGGACCAGGUGGGGCGGCCGGUGGAGAGGCUGGACGUGCCCCUGGCUGCCAUUGCCCUGGUGGUCCUGGCCUACAUUUCCUGUGCCGCCGCCCUCAUCCCCAUCUGGGAGACCAAGCUGAACUUCGAGAGCGCCUUCUACUUCUGCUUCAUCACCCUGACCACCAUCGGCUUUGGGGACACCCGGUUAGAGCACCCCGCCUUCUUCCUGUUCUUCUCCCUGUACCUCAUCAUCGGCAUGGAGCUGGUCUGCAUCGCCUUCAAGCUGCUGCAAGCCAGGCUCCUGCGCGGCUGUGCGGACCUCAUGCUCUUCCUGGCCCAGGGCAAGCUCUGCCGCCUCGUGCGAGAGUGA